AUGAUUCAACAACAACAACCUCAAGAUUCACUCUCCCAAAAUGAACAUCCUUCUCUGGUCUUGAUGAAACAAUGCCAACUCGGAGUGGAAGAUAUUAUUGAAGAAUUUGAUCACCUUUUAGAAAAUGAUCGGAUUUUAAAUGUUUAUAUUUACGGGAGUAGACUCUAUGGAAAAACUCCAACUAAGAAUUCUCAUCAUGCUGGAAAAUCCAAGAGAGCCAAUUCAUCAAAGAACAAGAGUAAUGAACCAUCAGAUUUCAUCUCCUCAGUAGAAUCCUCUCCAAAUGAAAUACAACCGUAUUAUACAAUCACACCUGACACCGAUUUUGAUAUCAUGAUGAUUUAUGAUUAUGAAGAGGACAAGACGCCGUCCAAACUCACCUUUCUGUCCAAUCAGAAAGAAAAUAAGAAUAGUGAAUUCUUUCAACUAUUACUUCCGAAAUAUAAACAACAAUAUGGACAUUUACCAUUUACUGAGAUGAUGAAAAAAGAUCAUACGAUUUAUUACAAAUUUACACAAAAACGAUUUGGAUUGGACAUGUGUCUGUAUUCAAAAGAACAAUUUAUGAAUCAAGUGAAAAAACAUCAAUUUUCAGAGCUCAUAGGUCUGUUUCUAGAGAAGAGUUCUGAAGAUUAUCAACAAUUUAUUUUGAGAAGGAAAUUUAAUGUACUGGAAGAAUUUACAAAACAACAGGGAACUAUUAAUUUAUCAGUAUUACGAAGUUCAUUAAGUCAAUCGGCAAGCAUGUGCUGGAAAUGUUGCAAAUCCAUGUACGAACAUCGAUUAGAAUUAGAUCCUCCCGAAAUUGAAAUUUUCAAAGCGAAAAAAACAGUCAUUCACACCUUGAGAGUGUAUCAUUAUGGAGUUCAAAUCGCUCAAAAUAAUGGUAUUACGGAUUGGCAUGCUUGUGAUAAAUACUAUGACGAUCUUUUAGGUACCAAAGACAAGUAUCAAACAUGGAGAGAAAUGUCCAAAGUUUAUGGACCUAUUCGUCUUCAACUUCAUGAACAAUUUAGAGCUUGCUGUCCCAAAGAAGAUGAAGAAACAAACUCUAAUCAAGAUGAUGCAAUUGUUUAA